UUACCUCUGCGAUGUCGACGACGAUCAAGGAAGUGGGCCACAUGGACCUGCAGGAGCGCGUCUCCUACAUCCAGUCGGCGACGCACGACAAGGAUGUCGACGGCGACUACGCCGACGCCAAGACGCCCGGUGACCUCGAAGACGGCGCGCUCGUCGCUGGCGGUGCGCUCUCGCUCGUCUCGCGCGAGGCCCUCGCGCUCUUCUCGCAGUACUUUGCCAUCGGUAUCAUUUACGGCAUGUUGCCCGGCAUGAACUACCCCGUGUUCCAAAUCUACCUUCGCAUGGAGGGCUACCAAACCGCUGCCUACGGUGUCCUCGUCACGCUCGGCUGGUCGUUCAAGGUCUUCUUCGGUAUGCUCUCGGACUGCGUCCCGAUCAUGGGCUACCGCCGCAAGCCGUGGAUGAUUCUUGGCUGGACGAUCGCGACCGUCUGCCUCUGCGUCAUGACGUUCACGCCGUUCCCGGCGCCGUACUGCGAUGCGCGCAAGAUCCCUUGCCCGAAGAAGGUGCCGACCGGCGCCAACAUGACGGCGGCCCUCAAGCAGUGGUACAACUUUGACGCGCCGGACGCUGGCAGUCUCUUCAUUGUGCUCUCGGUCAUCUGUGGCUUUGGCUACGUCAUGGCCGACUGCGCCGCCGACGCCAUGGUCGUCCAGUACGCCCAGCGUGAGCCCGUGGCCAUUCGCGGCCGCACCCAGACCGCCAUCUACACGCUCCGCUACAUCGGCUCGACGGUCGCCCAGGUGUGCAUUGCCUUCCUUCUCAACGGCGCCGAGUACGGCGGCUCGUUCAACUACUCGGUGUCGCCCAACGUCAUUUACGCCAUCCUCUUGAUCCCGUGCGUCCUCAUCAUGCUCAGCACGAUCUUCCUUCUCGUCGAAGUCAAGACCGAGCGCACGCCGUUCGGCGCCUACAUCUCCAACUUCUGGGGUCUCCUCCAGAAGCGCGUCAUGUGGCAGAUCUGCGCCUUCAAGUUCAUCAACCAAAUGUUUGCUGGUAUUGGUGCGACGCCCGGUAACCCGAUGGCGUCGGUCUGGGCCGAGGUCGAGCCGCUCAACGAUGCGCUCUCGGGUGUCUUGAGCUACCUCAUCAUGACGCUUGUCAUGGCAUCUGUCGGCAAGUGGGGUCUCCACUGGAACUGGCGCUGGGUCAUCGCCCUCGGCACGAUCGGCAUCGUCCUUAUCGACGGUCUCGUCAUCUUCAUCACGAUCUGGGAUAUUUUCCGCAACCAGUGGUUCUUCACGGGCCACGUUUAG